AUGGAACCCCGACAGCUUCAGACCGCCAUCCUCCAAUCCCCGCAGCACACUCUCAAAUAUGGUCUUGAAGUUGAGGACGAUGAGCUCCCCGUUGUCGUCUCACACACAGUUCCCAAGCCAGCCAUAUCGUCGGCAUACCAUGUUGUCGUCCGCGUCCUGGCCGUAGCCCUGAACCCCAUCGACUACAAAAUGCUGGCACACUUCCCCGCGGCCGGGAAUAUGGCGGGCUGUGAUUUUUGCGGGAUUGUGGUGGAGAGAGGCACCAAUGCCGUGCAUGAUGUAGGAACACGGGUCUGCGGUGCCACCUUUCCUUAUAGUUGUGGUGCAUUCGCCGAGUUUCUCACUGCCGACAGUCGGUUGCUGCUCCGUGUGCCGGACACCUGGUCUGACUCUGGCGGCGCCGCAUUGGGACAGGUCGGCUGGGGCACGGCCUCACUGGCCCUCUCGGAUCCUGAAGCGCUUGGCCUGACCGGCUUGCCAUCGGCGCCGGCAGGGGAAGGAGAGCCGGUGCUUGUGUACGGCGCAGCAACGGCUACGGGAACCAUGGCGUGCCAGCUUCUGGCUCUAUCUGGCUACAAACCUAUCGGCAUCUGUUCGACACAGUCAGCACCACUCGCGGCCGAGUUUGGCGCCGUCAGCACGGCAGAGUAUACAUCGCCAAGCUGCGUUGAAACGGUUCGCGCGCUUGCGGGUGUUCCCCUCCGUCACGCCCUGGACUGUAUUACCAAUGCGGACUCGGUCGCCACGUGCUUCGCCGCCUUGGCGCGUACUGGGGGCCGCUAUGUGUGCCUGGAGAGCCUGCCAGAAAGCUGGCGUACGCGUCGGGCCGUCCGAGUAAAGGAGGUGAUGGGUUACGAGGGGCACGGAAACCCCGUGCAGGUAGGGACGGGUCUUACCGCAUACUCACGACCUGCAAACCCCACCCUCUUCGCUCUGUGCUGUAAUUGGACUGUUGAGAUGCAGAAGUUGUUGGACAUGGGAAAGAUCAAGCAUCACCCCGUCAAGGAGCUUGAUGGGCGCUGGGAUGGAAUCAGGAAAGGGCUUAGCAUGCUGAAAAGAGGAGAAGUCAGGGGCCACAAGCUUGUCGUCAGAAUAGCCGUUUCCUAG